AUACAAAAGAGAAAGAUUGAAAUUUGAAACCCUCACUCAACCUUUCUCUGAAACUCCAACUGCAAGGACUGAGAAGCAUCAUUGGUCUUUCUUCCUUGUACUAGGGAAAAGAAAGAAGAAAAAGGAAGAAGAGGAAGAAGAAAGAAAAAUCCAACCCAACCUAACCUUCUUCGCGAAGGAACACCUCGCGCAGCACCAAACACCAGGUCCAGUGACUCCAGCUUUCUUCUUCUUCUCUGCUGGUCGACGAGAUACUUUUUUAUUUUUAAAAGUUGUUUUGUUUUUUUUUUCCAAUUUUUUCCUUUUUCUUUAAUUGUUUUUUUUAUUCUUGGUUGAAACGGGUCGUGUUUGCUAUUUUUCACCUGUUAAUUUAAUGGGUUGUGUUGUGUCGUGUCAACCCGCCUUUCUUAACGGGUUUACAAGAAUACGACCCAAACACGACCCGUUUUGCCAGGUCGGGCAAGUCUCAAUAGCUAAAAAGGAAAGGAAAUAAACGCCCACCAAACUCCUUCUUGACGCCUGCAAAGACCCUCUCAGACCAAAAGGAGCGUCUCUGCUUGUUUCAGACCCUCACUCACAGCAGCAAUGGAUUCUACUCAAAACAUUUUGCUUGCUUCUUCUGGUGGCCUGCAAGUGGGAAGUAAAGGAGUGAGGAGGAGUUCAACCCUAAUUUGUGCUCCAAUAAUGGCAGAAUCAGUUGAUAAGAUGUUGAUUGAUAUGGGCAAGGCAAAAACCCUUGGUGCUGACCUUUUGGAGAUUAGAUUGGAUCAUUUGAAGGCCUUCGACAAUGUUGAUCUCAAGACCCUUAUUAAAGAAUCCCCUUUGCCCACUCUUUUCACAUAUAGACCAAAAUGGGAAGGUGGUCAGUAUGAUGGUGAUGAAAAAGAUCGACUUGAUGCACUUCGAUUAGUGAUGGAGCUUGGAGCUGAUUACAUUGAUGUCGAGCUUCAGGUUGCUCAUGAAUUCAUCGACUCCAUAUAUGGAAAGAAGCCUGAAAAGUUUAAAGUUAUUGUCUCUUCUCACAACUAUCAACAUACUCCAUCUGUUGAGGCUCUUGGAAAUCUUGUUGCAAGAAUACAAGCCACUGGAGCUGACAUAGUGAAGAUUGCAACCACUGCCUUGGAUAUCACUGAUGUAGCACGCAUUUUUCAAAUAACUGUGCAUUCUCAAGUCCCAACAAUAGGACUUGUAAUGGGUGAGAGGGGUUUGAUUUCACGGAUACUUUGCGCAAAAUUUGGUGGUUAUCUUACUUUUGGUACGCUUGACUCGGGAAUAGUUUCAGCUCCUGGUCAACCCACUAUGAAGGAUAUAUUACAUCUAUACAAUUUUGCACAGAUAGGGCCUGACACAAAAGUGUUUGGCAUUAUUGGAAAGCCUGUCAGCCACAGCAAAUCACCUUUUCUGUACAAUGAAGGAUUCAAGUCAGUAGGUUUCAAUGGAGUUUAUGUACAUUUGUUGGUAGAUGACAUUGCAAAGUUUCUCCAGACUUACUCUUCAAUGGAUUUUGCUGGAUUCAGCAUUACAAUUCCCCACAAGGAAGCUGCACUUAAGUGCUGUGAUGAAGUUGAUCCAGUUGCAAAGUCAAUAGGAGCUAUUAAUUGCAUUAUAAGGAGACCAACUGAUGGGAAGUUAUUUGGGUUCAAUACGGACUAUGUUGGGGCUAUUUCUGCUAUUGAGGAUGGACUGACAGGUUCAAAUAAAAGUGGCAGUAUUACUGGUUCACCUUUAGCUGGUAGGCUGUUUGUUGUUAUUGGUGCUGGAGGUGCUGGCAAGGCGCUUGCUUAUGGUGCAAAACAGAAGGGAGCAAGGAUUGCAAUUGCUAACCGCACUUAUGAUCGAGCCAGAGAACUUGCAGACACAAUUGGAGGAGAUGCUUUGUCUCUUGCUGAUUUAGAUAAUUUCCACCCAGAGGAGGGCAUGAUUCUUGCAAACACAACAUCUAUUGGAAUGCAACCAAAAGUUGAUGAGACGCCCAUUUCUAAGCACGCUCUGAGAUCUUACUCGUUGGUUUUUGAUGCUGUUUACACCCCCAAAAUGACCAGACUCUUGAAGGAUGCUGAAGCGUCGGGGGCCAUAGUUGUUAGUGGGUUGGAAAUGUUCAUUGGACAGGCAUAUGAACAGUUUGAGAGGUUCACUGGAUUGCCUGCCCCAAAGGAACUCUUUCGGAAAGUAAUGGACAAUAGCUCUUGAGGCAUAAAACACCCUUGCUGCUGGUAAUGUCUUGUGUAAUAAGCAACAGACGGGCUUGUUUCGUUGUCCUAAAGGAGCCAUACUGCGCUUUCAGUGAAAUAAUCUGGACUGCGUUGGGGACAUUCUAAUGCAAUUAGUCAAACAAACACAAAAUAUGGAGCAUUUUACCUUCAAAAGCUCAGGUUGUAAUAUAAUUAUUGUGCGUGUUAUAAAAUAAAAUAAUUAGAGUAUGGAAUUACCACUGAAAAAUGAUAGUGGAAUUAUAUCUUUUCUUGUGGCGUUUGCACAGAUUGAAUUUCCUCUCAAAUAGAAACUCACUCAAUAGUAUUCAAAUC